GGCCUAGAAUCCCAUAUCAUGUUCCAUCCGGCCCUUCCAUACCUGCAACUUAGGUGUGUUUCAGCUCGACAACAACGAGCGAGGCGCAAAGCUUUGCCGGAUGGGUAGCGAGGAUCAGUGGUCGGAGCAGGAUCUUAUGCGCCAAUUCUCACCAUGGUUCUCAAUAUCUGUGUGCUCGCCAGUCAUGGUAGAGGUUCAAGCUUCCGGAGACUGCGCACUAUAUAUCCGCAUGGUCAGGGAUCCCAGGGCCAGAUGGCUCUUCGAGGGUGCAAUUUUCGCGAGAGUUGCCAGUUGACAGCACCACCACCACCAUGAAGGUCGCCCCAGUCAGGGUACUUCUGCUCAGCCUAGUUUUCGCAAUAUUGAGCAAUGCUGCAUUAGUCUCCAGGCAGAUCCCUUUGGGAGCCAACGAGUACUUCUUGCCACCGGAGGCGGCGUUCUCGUUGGCGCCAUGGACUUCAGAUCUGGUCAAUUCCACUGACGAAUUUGUGCCUCUGACUGUUGUCAGCUUCAGUGCGACACGGGCGACAGAAGUCAAUUUGAGAGCUGCUUUCGAGAGUUUCAACCAGACCGACGAUGUGUGGAACUCGGACUUUACGCAGCGUAUGUUCCUUUGGCACCCGUCUAUAGAGGAAGGACUAAAAUGGCGAACCAGAUUUGUUGAUUUUCCCUGGCAAUGAUGCUAUUCAGCUACCCGACUGCCCUGCUAUGCAGAGCGCCUUACUACCCGAGUACAGCGUGGACAGCAUAUUGACUGGUCAUUCGACAACCCCCAAUAUCACACAGCCACCCCAAGGUCCAUACUUCCUCAAUGUACCCACUCGCAAAGUGUACAGGGCGUACAAGCUCGUUUCCGAUACCAAUCAGGCUUUCAUACAGUCAUCAUAUCAAGACGAUAAUGAUGUCCAUCACACCUUGGCAGCUGGAAUUACGUCAGCAGCAGGACUCACAAUUGCCUUGCCAUCUCGGCUGUGGUACACUCAGACGCCCGACAAGCCAUUGGCUGGCCUCCGUCUUGCUGUCAAAGAUCUGUACCAUUUGAACGGCAUGAAGACGAGUUUUGGCAAUCGGGCCAUGUUUGAGAUGAGCGAACCCGAGAACACUACAGCGGUCGCCGUGCAGAAGCUGAUCGAUGCCGGCGCCGUGGUUGUCGGGAAGAACAAACUCUCCGAGUUUGCCUAUGCUGGUUCGUAUGUUGUCGAUCACAUCGACUAUUUAUUACCAUUCAAUCCUCGAGGCGACGGCUCCAAUAGCCCCGGCGACAGCUCCGGCGGCUCGGGUUCGGCAGUGGCCAGCUACGACUGGUUAGAUGCCAGCAUGGGUAGUGAUACUGGAGGCAGCAUCCGCGGACCUGCUCUGGUGAACGGGGUCAUGGGAAAUCGUCCUUCAACGGGUGCGGUCGACCUCUCUGGUGCUCUUCCCUUGUCCAAGGCCAUGGAUACCAGUGGCCUCCUUGUCAGAGAUCCCAUGCUUUGGUCGCGGAUGAACAAGGUUCUCUACUCCGGAUUCGGAAAGGAAUAUCCCUCGUUACCAAAGAAGGUCUAUGUCGAUCCUUCUCUGAUCAGCGACGACCCGAGUUACACGACAUGGUGGCAACAAGACGUGCAGCCGGUGAUCAAAGCUAUCUCUGCAUUCCUAGGGACCAAUGUCAGCAGCGUUUCCAUCGACCAAAUAUGGAACAGCACCAACCAUCCAGGCAAACUUAACCGCACCGAGAUCGCAAACGUCGUGAACGUAGUGUACGGCAACGUCAAUGCGUACGAACAGUGGACCAUGUUCGGCCGUGACUACGUAAAUGCAUGGAUGGAAACACACGAUGGAGAGUUCCCGCACAUGUCACCUUCAACACGGCGAGGAUGGCUGGCAGCGAAUACCUCAAUCACCGCAGACAUGCACCAAAACUACCUCGACGAUAUGCAGAUCGUUCGACAAUGGGUUGCCGACAAGUUCCUAAAGCCGGACAAUGACUCCUGCUCCGACGCAAUCUAUCUAUAUUUCGAACCACCCUUUAAGCAAUACAAGCUCGACGUCUCAGCUGCUACUGAGGACCCCUAUAUCGAGCAAUUGGUAGAGCAAGCCACACGGCUGACGAUCCAAGUCGCCGAGUUGAAUGCAACACUUUUAUGCGACACCACAAGCGCUUCCAGUAACACCACCGCUUCCACGGCCUGUCGAGAAGCGCAGGAAAAUUUCGAGGCGCUGGCUAGUGGAGCAUCAGACCCUGUUACUGUUUCGCCAGGUCGUCUGGCAUCUGUAGCUGGCCUUCCUGACUUUGCUAUAGCAAUGGGUGCCUCGCCGGUAUUCUCGAAUUCGACCUUGAAAGAGGAGAUGGUGCCUUGGGGUAUGGACAUUAUGGCGGCGCGAGGAUGUGAUUUUAUGAUUCAGGACCUGAUCUCGGCGUUGGCGCAACAAGGCAUCGUCAAAACUGUCAAGGCUGGAGCCCAGGCCUUUUAGGGGUUGAAAUAAUACCUUUGACAUCUUUAGUCCGUUCCUCUGUUUGUCACCUCUGUUGUGGCUGUCGAGGUACCAUACAUUGUGCGCGUUCAUUCUAUAUCUGUGACUUAUAUCAACCAAAAAGAAUGAAACCUUGGCUACUUGGUAGCCUCAUUAUGAUUUGAUAA